AUGGCAACCAUUGAAGGCGAUAGUUUUAUUCCAGGUAGUCAAAGUGUAUAUAUUAAAACAUGGGGUUGUUCACACAAUACAAGUGAUGGAGAGUAUAUGGCAGGACUACUAGCUGCUAGUGGUUAUGCCAUUACAGGUAAUAAAUUGAUGCUCCAAAUUUGGUUGCUGAAUAGUUGUACAGUUAAAGGUCCAAGUGAAGACGGACUAAAAAGUGCUAUUAGACGAGGGAAAGACCUACAAAAGACUCUUGUUGUGGCAGGAUGUGUCCCUCAGGGUCAAAAAGAUUUGGCUGAUGUCCAAGAUGUUUCAGUAGUUGGUGUACAACAAAUUGAUAGAGUAGUUGAAGUAGUUGAGGAAACAAUUAAAGGAAAUACUGUGAAAUUAUUUGGACAAAAGAGAGCUAAUGGAAAAAGAUUAGCAGGACCAAAUUUAGAUUUACCCAAGAUACGCAGAAAUCCACUCAUUGAGAUAAUUCCUAUUAAUUCAGGUUGUCUAAAUCAUUGCACAUAUUGUAAAACGAAGCAUUCUAGAGGUAACUUAGCUAGUUAUUCACCUGAAGAAAUCAUUCAGAGAGCACAACAAGCCUUUGCUGAAGGAGUUGUGGAGUGUGGGCUAACUAGUGAGGAUACAGGAGCAUAUGGUCGAGAUAUAGAUGUCACUCUACCUGAGUUACUAUGGCAACUAGAAGUUAUUCCUGAAAAUUGUAUGUUACGUAUAGGAAUGACAAACCCGCCAUAUAUAUUGGAAUAUUUAGAGGAUAUAGCUCAGAUUUUAGCACAUCCUCGAGUAUAUGCAUUUUUACAUGUACCUGUUCAGUCAGGGGCUGACCCUGUAUUAGCUGCUAUGAAACGAGAAUAUACUGUGAAACAAUUUAGACAAGUUGUUGAUUAUCUUCGUCAAAAUGUUCCAGGUGUUACCAUAGCAACUGAUGUAAUCUGUGGGUUUCCAACAGAAACAGAAGAGGACUUUGAGGAGGACAGUGGCCCUUGUUAAAGAGUAUCACUUUCUUCACUGUUUAUUAAUCAGUUUUACCCUCGUCCUGGUACACCCAGCAGCAAAAAUGAACGAUUAUCAACACAAGAGGUAAAGAGGAGGUCACGAUAUUUAACUGAAGUAUUUCAUUCAUAUGAGACAUACAAUAAUCGUGUUAAUGUUAAAGAAAAUGUAUUAGUGACAGAAAUCUCUCAUGAUGGACAAUAUUAUGUUGGACAUACAAAAUAUUAUGAACAG